AUGGGCCUGUUGUCCAGGGUCAGAGGUCAGCGCACAUGGUCCUUGGCAUUCAGCUGCCGUCGGCACCUGUCAGACCAGGCCACCAGGGGUCAGCGUGGAGUCAGAUCUGUCUCUGUAAAUGACUCUCAUCUCUCAGACCAAACCACGGGGAACACGAGACUGAAGACCAGAUUACAGAGGGUUCUUUUCAUAAUGGCAAACACGGACAGCUAG